AGAGAGAGAGAGAGAGAGUGCUUUCGUUUCUCACGGGCCCUAAAGAGGCAGGAACCCUCAGCUCUUUCAUUCCCCCCCCCCAAAAAAAGCAAAAUAAAAAGAACUCCCAGUCUCUCUCCUAAGAAUGGUGAGACUUAAGGAUACAUUUGAGGGCUAAGAUUUUUGUUUGUUUGCUUGUUCUUGUCCCGGAAAGCAUCAAAUGUCCAGGCUGAGCUGGUCCCUGAAACACCCCGUACUUUGGAGGAGGCGAUGGGCUGUCCCCUCCUUCCCACAGUUGGGCUGGGAUGGCCCGCCCGCCAGACCUGGGCCCAGCGCCCAGCUCCCCAGCCACUGUCUGCGGCUGAGAGAUUAGGAGAGACCUGCCUAGCAGGAGGUCUCAGAGUGCCUUGACAGGAGUCUGGGAGGCCUGAGCCCUUGCAGACAUGCACCCCGGGGUGGAGACGAUUCUGCCGAGAUGAAUGAAACGCCCACCCCCAGUGUGGGCGUAGAGGGUUCAGGAUUCCGCUGGAAGAAUCUCAACCAGAGUCCCGAACAGCAGCGGAAAGUGCUGACUUUGAAGAAGGAGGAAAACCAGACAUUCGGCUUUGAGAUCCAGACAUACGGCCUUCACCACCGGGAGGAGCAGCGUGUGGAGAUGGUGACUUUUGUCUGCCGGGUUCAUGAGUCAAGCCCCGCCCAGCUGGCUGGGCUCACACCAGGGGACACCAUCGCCAGUGUCAACGGCCUGAACGUGGAAGGUAUCCGUCAUCGAGAGAUUGUUGACAUCAUUAAGGCCUCUGGCAACGUGCUCAGGCUGGAAACUCUGUAUGGAACUUCGAUCCGGAAGGCGGAACUGGAGGCUCGCCUGCAGUACCUGAAGCAAACCCUGUAUGAGAAGUGGGGAGAAUACAGGUCCCUCAUGGUGCAGGAGCAGCGGCUGGUGCAUGGCCUCGUGGUGAAGGACCCCAGCAUCUAUGACACGUUGGAGUCGGUGCGCUCGUGCCUAUACGGGGCUGGCCUGCUCCCCGGCUCGCUUUCCAGCUAA